CUUGAUACUCUCUAGCAUGGCAGGGUCUAUGAUCCUUGAUGUCGUGUAUGCGUUUGACGCACGACCUGGCGACUCCCGUAUCGAGCUUGUUGAGAAGGCCGUGCAUACGGUCACCAACCUCAUCAAUGCGGGGGUUUAUCUUGUUGACAUUUUCCCGAUCUCCGGUUCAGACACGACGAUCAUCGCACUAACCACUUUCAUCUUCGCCACAGUUAUCCAUCCAGAGGCACAAGCCUUCGUGCAAGAGGAGCUCGACCGUGUCGUCGGUCGACAUCGUUUACCAGGGAUAGACGACAGGCAGUCUCUUCCCCGCGUUACGGCUGUGAUCAGGAGGUCCUGCGGCGCGAACAAGGGCAUUCACCUCUCCCUCUAGGUUGGUAUCUUCUCUGCAACACUAGUACUGAUGCCACUCUGUAGCUCGGUGAUGCUUAUAGGCCCAUAGCUUGCCAAAACCUUUCGAGGCACAUUUCAAACCGCGUUGUCCAGGAGCAGAGAGCCUGAUACGGACGACCGGUUUGGCGGAUGCGUGAUCUAUCUGUAAUAAAACAUUAGACCGCCUUGAAGUUAUGUUUACUUUCGGAGCGGAACAAAGGAUCGAGAUUCCGGGGCACCCGUGUGAAAAUAUUGGCCUGAUU